CUGCAGCAGUCCACCGGUCCUGUGACAUGCGCACUGAGGGGAAGAAAUGGAGGCGCCAUGCUGGAUUGCUCUGAGUUGGAAUUUCCUCGCGACUUACUAUCGCUUACUACUCUCACGUGUGCUUAUGUGUUUACCGGGCAACAUUUAUGUGUGUGACUGCUGACGCCGCCCCUGCGCGGAAAUAGAGGAGUUUAUAAAACUCAAACCCGUGUCUGUGAGAAUACUUGGAGAAUUUAUCAAGGAAACUAUCUGCUCGUUUAAAUCGUUUUGGAUUUUAUUCGUGUUAAAUAACAUCAGCCUCAGGAAUUUAUUUUUACACCAGAGCUUUUUUAGUCCAGCUUUAUUCAACAAAGUUUGAAAAAUGAAGGAUUUUACGUGGACUGGACUGCAGGCGACUUAUAAUUGCAUAACGAUGGAUCCUCACAAGCGCAUCCUGAGCGCCCUGGGGAACAGCCCUGUCCGACGAAACCUGUUCGGUCCAAUAGACAGAGAGCAGCUGCAGGUGGAGUACCAGGCCGCCCUGCAGAAAGACCUGGACGAGGCUUGCCAGCGAUGGGGCUUCGACUUCAUCUCGGAUAAGCCUCUGGAGAACAGCGAUUUCCAGUGGGAGGGCAUCCCAAACAGCAAGGUGCCGCUGCUCCACAGAUCAUGUAUGCUCAGUCUGGGACAUGCUGACGGUCAGAGGGAGGCAGCAGCUACACCCAGGGGAAGAGGAAGGGUGGGGCCGCCACAGAGUGAGAAGGAGAACAUCCCAUGUUCACCAGAGAGAUGUGUACUGAACCUGGAGAAAACACCAGAGAGAAGAGAGGAAACAAAGCUGAAGAGGAAACAGACAAACAUCACAGAUUUCUAUCAGUCUAAAAGAAGAGUAGUUUGGAUUCCACGCAAAUCUGGCGAGUGAUUUUCGGUGCAGUUCUCUGCAAAGGUGCCAAUAACCGAUAACCCAAGAGAACCACACAAACAGUACUACACUCAGGAAGUCUCGCCUCAGACACUCACUGGAAGGGCAUGGACCCAGUGAAUCAUCUGACAACAGAAGGGACCUCAGCUAUGCUCAUUAUAAUAUAUAACUACGGUUAAUUAGGGUACUGUAUUCACUCUGGGGGGGUGGGGGGGGGGGGGUUGGUUUUCCCGGUGGUAAGAAGGGGACAUUUGAGCAGAGAAGAUUAACGGUAAUCUCUCGAAUCAGUGGAUUUAUUCUCAUUUGGAUCAUGAGGAUGCCAAAGUGUUCACUGACAUUUCCUACUGUACAUCCCACCGGGCUGAAAACGCAGUCACGUCCCUGCUUUGUAGCGACUCUGUACCUCUAGGAGGUAUGAUGGAUGAGCACAUUACUGUUUUCACAGGAAACAGAUGUCACGUCGGUUAUAAUCAUUCAGGAGUGGCUGUGAAACAUCUGCAGAAUGAUGUCAUUUAGCACACGAUGGAUGAGGCCCUUUGGCUAAUGUUCAAAUCCGCUAUUGUGUUUUUUUUUUACAAUGUUUUGUCUAAAUGUGAAUCAUGAGGACAGAUCUUUUCCGUUUUAUACUUAAUAUAUCCGGGCAUACUGUCCGUUUGUUUUUCCACCAUCAUGUACUCAUGAAUGCUUGAAGAGUUUUCAUACCUUGUUCACGCAGAUACUUUGCUUUUAGAUUUUAAACGACAGAAGUGCCAUCAUGUCCUUCUAUCUGCUGUAUGUCGCUUGAUUUUCAAAGAAGAUCUUCACAAGUGCUCUGUUCUGACUGACAUGUGUACAGCACCAGAUUUCUUACGUUAGGAGCGUUGCACCAUGUCUUUAGAACAUUUUAGAGUUAUACAGAUAUAUAUAUAUAUCAUAUAUUAUAGAGUUUAAUACAGCACUGUUAAGUAGCAAUCAUUAAAAAAAACAAUGCAGUAUUGCACAUAUAUCUGAUAGGUGGUGUGUCCAAAGCACCCAGUAUCAAGUGCCUUUACCGCACUAUUUGAAGCAUAAAAGAAAGAGCAGAUGAAAGUGUCAUAAGCAAUUGUAUUACUUACUAAGCUAAAGUGCUUCAUACUUUUUUAUUUGGAAGUAUAGUGCAAUUAUAACGGACAAUGUGUUAUCAUCUGCCUCAAAACAAAUGUAUGUUUUUGACACUUAGUUAUGUCAAUGUUGGCAAAUGCUGCUGCUAUGGUUAAUCUGAAUGGGUGUUAAACAAGGUCACUGUAAUGCUAAUCCUUUCCAACUGACGGCUUAGAAAUGUUCCCCGCCGCAAAUACGAAGCUAAGCAAAUAACAGCAUUACCCAGAACAAUGAAUGCACUUCUGUUUGUAGAUGCUUGUGCACAGGUCCUACAUAUAGUUUAUGUUAAAUCUACAAAUGAAAAUAUCUAUCAUUAUUUAUUUUUGAGAUAUUAUGCCUUAAUUUAGUUUUUGUUUAAUUAUUAUGAGAAUUCUAAUAAAAUGUUCAAAUGAAA